AUGUCGGAGACUUUAGGGGAUGAAUUUUAUCCAUCAUUUGCACCAUUCUUAGGAUUUGGAGGAUGUGCAGCAGCAAUGAUAUUAUCAUGUACUGGAGCAGCAAUAGGAACAGCAAAAUCAGGUAUUGGUAUAGCAGGUAUUGGUACAUUUAAACCAGAAUUAAUUAUGAAAUCAUUAAUUCCUGUUGUAAUGUCUGGUAUAUUAUCUGUAUAUGGAUUAGUUGUUGCUGUUUUAAUUGCUGGUGGUUUAUCACCUACUGAAAAUUAUAGUUUAUUUAAUGGGUUUAUGCACUUAUCUUGUGGGUUAGCUGUGGGGUUUGCUUGUUUAGCUUCUGGUUAUGCAAUUGGAAUAGUUGGUGAUGAAGGUGUUAGACGAUUUAUGCAUCAACCUAGAUUAUUUGUUGGAAUUGUUUUGAUUUUAAUUUUUGCUGAAGUUUUAGGAUUAUAUGGUAUGAUUAUUGCAUUAAUAUUGAAUACUAAAGGAAGUGGAUAA